CAGCUGCGCUGUGAGAGCCGCCAGGCGCUGCUGCCGUCACGGUCAUCCUUUCUUCGUUCACCCCUUCAAACAAUGUUCUGUAUAUUCUGCACGGCUCUAAAUCAUUCAUCGACUGCUAAGCUUAAGACGUUGGAUUGAUUCUACCAUCUACAGUUUGCCAUGGCGACGGUGGUGAUGGAGCAGAUUGGUCGCCUGUUUAUCAACGCGCAGCAGCUGCGUCAAAUCCCUCAGCUUCUGGAGUCGGCCUUCCCCACGCUGCCUUGCACUGUGAAGGUAUCUGAUGUUCCCUGGGUGUUCCGUGAGCGCCACAUCCUCACCGGCUACAGGCAGCCAGACCAAAGCUGGCGCUACUACUUCCUCACCCUCUUCCAAAGGCACAAUGAGACCCUCAAUGUGUGGACCCAUCUGCUGGCUGCCUUCAUCAUCUUGGUGAAGUGGCGGGAGAUCUCAGAGACGGUAGAUUUUUUGCGAGACCCUCAUGCUCAGCCUCUCUUCAUUGUCCUCCUGGCAGCCUUCACCUACCUCUCCUUCAGCGCUCUCGCUCAUCUCCUCUCUGCCAAGUCCGAGCUCUCCUACUACACCUUCUACUUCCUCGACUACGUGGGGGUCGCUGUUUACCAGUACGGCAGUGCCCUGGCGCACUACUACUAUGCCAUAGAGAAGGAGUGGCACACUCGAGUGCAAGGGCUCUUUUUACCUGCUGCAGCAUUCUUGGCCUGGCUUACUUGCUUUGGCUGCUGCUAUGGCAAAUAUGCGAGUCCUGAGCUGCCCAAGUUAGCCCACAAGCUCUUCCAAGUGGUGCCCUCAGCCUUGGCUUACUGUUUAGACAUAAGCCCCGUGGUUCACCGCAUCUACAGCUGCUACCAGGAGGGCUGCUCCGACCCAGUUGUGGCAUACCAUUCCUACCAUGUGCUCUUUUUCUUAAUCGGCGCCUAUUUCUUCUGCUGCCCUCACCCAGAGAGUUUGUUCCCUGGGAGGUGUGACUUCAUCGGGCAGGGCCACCAGCUCUUUCAUGUGUUCGUGGUGGUGUGCACCCUGAUGCAGGUCGAAGCACUGCGAACAGACUUCACAGAGCGCCGUCCCUUCUACGAGCGUCUUCAUGGCGAUCUUGCACACGAUGCCGUCGCACUCUUCAUCUUCACUGCCUGCUGCAGUGCUCUUACUGCUUUUUAUGUGCGCAAACGUGUACGUGCCUCUCUCCACGAGAAGGAGGAGUAAGAAUUGAAAUGAGUAAAAAAAAAAAAAAAGUUGGGUCUAAUUUAUUUUAUUCUGUAGUGACCAUUCAUUAAAAAAAUAAUUCAAAUGUUUUUGUCAAUGAACGUUAUCAGUUUGUGACAGUGACUUAUGAUUAUUUCUUUAUGUGAUCUGCCAAACUACAGUGAGCUGAAAAAAACAAUUAAGGGUGUGUUUUUGUGACUUACAAUGAGGAAAAGGAAAUUGUAUAAUUUGCCUGUAGCAAUACAGGUAGUAUGUAAACACUGCAACAAGUCCUUGCAUCUUUACUCUGCUCUUUUAUUAGUCUACAUUAAAAGAAUGUAGUUUUACUUCACCAUACAAAAGUACACUUUCUGUCAAGGUGAGCAGAAAAAUUAAGAGACUAGUUUCUUAAGAUGCCUUUUACCAAAUCAUAUUUAGAAUAAUCUGAAUAAUCUGAUUUAAUCAAAUUGUAGCAUUUCAAAUCAUGCACACAUUUUUUUUUUUUUUUUUUUUACAAUUUACAGUCCCAUAACACUUUGGAUAUUGCAGUCAGAUCCCAAUUCCAAUCCUAAUCCUAAACUGGUGGUCUUGAUAUACCUUUCUGACACUUAAUGUUUUUUUUCCUUUUGAUUCUGCCCCUCUCUUUAGGGAUCAAAGCAGGGAUUUUUUAAAUUUUAUUUAUCAAGGCGCUAACACUGUGCCACACAAAUGUUUGAACAUAUUCUGGGAAAGUUGAGAACCCAAUUUGAAAGCCAAAUAUUGUACCUCUCAUAAAAGAAAAGGAAAGGACUUUUUUUUUUUCUUUGGAUGAUAACAUUCUCUUGAAUUAUGUUGAAAAUGAGGCUGGCACUCAGUAUCGGUUAAGAGAUGGAUAGAAGAUUACUGAUGUCUCUUUGUUGUUGUGACAAUUUUUUUUUUUAUUCAAAGGGCUGGAACUUCAGCUUUUGCCUUUUCACAUCCCAUGAUGUUAGUGCUUAUUACGCGCAUUGUUGUCAUUGUCGUUUGAUCAGAUUUGAGUCACAAAAGCCGUGUCUGACUGGUGUUCUGCUUUUGGUAUGUUUUGUUAUUGUAUGAUGAAUAUGUAUGUGCCUCUACGCAUGUCUUUUGGUAUAUACUGUGGAUAUUAAGUGUGUGAAUGUCUAUGAAAGCUUAGCCUUGCACUCCUUUCUUACCCUGUAAAUAAGCUGUAUUUCUCUAGAAAGUUAUUUGCAUCCCAUUUUCUCUCCACCUAAAAGCACUUAAAACUGAAUGCAUCUUUUUAUCUGGUGAAAUACAGCACAUUCCUAUUUUGCUGCAUCCUUUCAAAAAUGUGUUUUGUGUUCAGUGUCUUCCUGCCUAUCUUAACUUUAACGGCUAUGAAUACAUCAUUUCACACUGCUGCACUGUUACACUGAAGAGUCCCUUUGUUCUUUGAUGACUUUUAUAAAAAUAUCACACAGAUAUGGCUCACUGAUAAUGUUGCUUAAUUUUUUUUAUCUCACACAAUCUUAAAUGUCAGAAAUCAUCUAUAUUCAUUAUAGCACUCUCUGUUCAUGAUGGUUUUAAUGUGCCAAUGAAUCUGUUAUUGCUUCAGUGAUGGUACUACUGAAAUAUGAGUUCAGAGACAGAAUGUCAGAAGUGACAAGUCGAUUUAAAUGAUGUCUUGACCUGACUGCAAACAUGUUACUGGUGAGAUUUAGUCCCUAAAUAUGAACCUUCUAACUGUUGACUUUGGCAUUUCUGACCUGGUCUCAUCGUGCACUGCCUGAAUCAACACUGUAUAUACUGUAGCUGACAACACUGGCUAUGUUUACAUGCAUAUAGGCAUCUGCGGUUAAUGUGGUUAUUCUGGUUUUGUGUUGACUCUUGGAAAUAUCAUAAUUCCAAAUAACCUGGGUAAACCCGUACUCCAUUUCAGAGAAACCUGUGCAAGACACCUCUUGUUUUGCAUGAUUAUAAAUUGGUUAGCAAGAUUGAGACUCUCAUGCACAAAACUAAUUUUGUACAUGUAGUCUAAGGCUUCACCGAAAGGCUUCAUUGUAGGCUAAUGAUAUCCAUUUGGCAAAUGAAGCCUGUAAGUCUUUCACUAGCCCUGUCUGUGACUACCACUCCUGGGAUUCUAAUUUCUUUCCCAUGUGUUAGAGAUAACCCAGCUUUGUCAAACAGGUAGGGAGCAGCUGGCAAGUGACCAGUGUUUUUCACAAUCGUAACUGGAACAUGGCCAGCAUUCUUUACUGUAUAAGUGAGUUUGUGUGUAAACGUAGCCUCUGAUGCCACCAAAGGUUUCCCUUUCUCCCUUUAUGAAAGUAAGGCGAGAGGGACCAGAAUGUGUUCUGCCUCUAAAAAUAUGUGUGACUGACUGUACUAAUAUUCUGUGGUAUUUAAGAAAAUAAAGUGUUAGAGUAACUUCAAA